GAGGCGAAUGAAAGACAUCUCUAGUAAUACAAUGCCUUGUGAACGCUCAACGCUCAAAAACAGAAAAAUCUCAAGUCAUGAGCAUAUGCCGCGGAGGUGGUGUAAACACCAUGCACAUGAAAAGAAGCCCACUCCAUCCCCCACAUUGGCAAUAAAUCCCGACCCGAACAUCCCAACCUUUUGACGUAUUAAACCAACACACGCCGGGGGUGGCCAAUGCAAAUGGGGGUUGGCGCGGCUAAUGAACCAAACCAUGUGAAAAAGAAAAAAGAAGAAAAAAGAAAAACAAAAGAGGCACGCAUCAUCCAUCGUACACGUCUGCUCACAGACGGCUCCAUAAAAAAGGGACGGCAGACCACUCAAGAAACAUGGAAAGUAAACACUUCUGGACCCAUUUGUCUUGUUCAAGUGCAUAUCCGGGUAUCAAAUCAUGCAACCAAAAAAACACCAUCCCGACCCCACCCGGUAUUAAAUCCUAGCCAAUCUUUUUUGCUUCUGCUUUUUGAAUCCUGCCUGCCCUCUUUGUCCCGUGUGUACGUGAUUUGUGAUGCGUGCCCUGCAUUCCCUGUGGCCCUUUCCUCCAUAAAACGCCGAGGUAUAACAUACCCAUGUUUGCGUACGUGCAUGUAUAUAUCUAUACAUAUUCAUACUUUAGUGGUAGAAACAGCACAAUGCCAUCGAACAAAAGAAAAAACAAAGGAAAGAAGAAUUCAAGUCUAGUCCAGUCUGUACAUCCGUAACGCGGGGACAGUUAGAACAGGCUUUGUAGGGAGCGAAUAAUAGGGGGUGGCAAGCUCAUGUCUUCUCCAUACCCUCACUCAGCUCGGCUCCGGGCUGGUGUUUAAUGGAUUGGGGA